CUUUGGAUUAUGACGCAAACAAAAAGGGACCGACAGGGCUGCAAACCCCUUGGAACAUGUUUUGCCUUAACUUUACAUGAAUGCUUACAUAUGUUGGUAAUUUAUAAAAGGAUACAUGAUCAGACGUCUCGACUGUUCUUCCGGACUACAGAUAUAACUAGGCUACUCGGAAAUGCGGCACGUGUCGACAGUCUGCCUGCUCGCGCCUGCUGUGUUGUCCCUGAUGUAGUUUGUCGCAUCUGAGUGCCUCACCUGCAGGUUUUAAGGUCGUCCUUAACCGGCUCCCAGUACCCGUCAUUACCAUAGACGCGUUAAUGUCAAAGUUGUGACAGUAAAAAGAAUAUUUUACAAUGUACCCUUCCACUUCUGUUGACGCAUGACCAAUUUGUAUCACAUUACGAUAAGGAAGUGUCAAAGACAUUUAGAGACAUCAUGCACAACUGUGCACGCUAUCUCAUCUUCUUUCAAUACAUUGGAACAAAAUACAGUGGUGUAGUGAAAAUGCCUCAACAUGAACUUGUUAAGAAAGGGGUCCAGGACCACGUGGAGGAUGCAAUAAGGAGGCUGAAGCCGAUCAACCCAGUGUCUCUGUCAGUUUCCAGCAGGACAGACAGAGGCGUCCACGCCCUCUCUAACUCCGCUCACUUUGACCUCCAACGCAAGAACGAUAAGCCGCCAUUUGCCGAAGACAUUAUUGUUCAGGCUCUUAAUAACCAUCUCAAAGAAGAGCAGAUUGGAAUCACCCGUGCCCUCCGUGUGCCUGAUAAUUUCCAUGCCCGUUUCCGUGCCAAUUCUCGGACCUACGUAUACCGGAUCGCGCUGGGAAUCCCCCACCACACUCUGCUUCCCGUCACAGAGCACCGUCUCUGCUGGAACCUCAGCAACACGGAGCUGGAUGUGGGAGCCAUGCGCGAGGCUGCCACCCUGCUGAUUGGGACUCAGGACUUCAGCACCUUCAGGGCAGUCAGCUCUGACAUCCAUUUUAAAAAUCCUGUGAAGACGCUUGAUGUGGUCAGCAUACAACCAGGAAGAUCUUUCGUACAAACACAUUUCCUCAGAGAAAUACCAUUCUGGGAGAUCACGUUUACAAGCAGAUCGUUCCUCUAUAAGCAGGUGCGAAGGAUGACGGGGGCCCUGGUGGCUGUAGGGCAGGGGAGGCUCUCAGUGCCCCAGCUGAAGGAGAUACUGUUGGCUAGGGACUCGCUCGCUUACCCACAAGCCAUGGUGGCUCCACCUGACGGCCUCUUCCUCACCAGGGUGGACUACAGAGAGACAGACCUGCAGUUUUCACAGCAGACGUCAGAGGAGCAAUGCAUCUCCAGUGGAAACUCAGAGGAAUAAUGAUUGUUUAUAAUUUCCAUAAUGCUGUGUGCAAUGUUUGUAAGAAAGUUUUGAAUGUG